AUGGGCCGAGAUGGCCACGAACCGCUGCCUACUGAAGAUGUGACCCUACCGACUGGCGAGGAAGAGCCAGACCGAGGUCAAUGGACGGGAAAAUUUGAUUUUCUCAUGAGCAUGAUUGCUUAUGCUGUAGGGCUUGGCAAUGUCUGGCGGUUCCCGUACCUUUGCUUCAAAAAUGGUGGCGGUUCAUUUUUGGUUGUAUAUGCCAUAUUUUUUUGCUUGGCCGCAGUACCAAUAUUCAUCAUGGAAGUGACCAUAGGACAGUAUUUGCAACGAGGAGCAAUGGAAAUGUGGCGAAUGUGCCCGAUAUUUAAAGGUGUGGGAAUAGGUAAUGUGGUGAUCGCUUUCAUGUGCAUCGCUUACUUCUGCGUGAUAGUAAGCUGGGCCAUUUUCUACAUGAUCGCCUCGUUCAACAGUGUUUUCCCAUGGGAGUCUUGCGACAACUAUUGGAACGACUACACCUGUGUGACGGGCAAAGAAAGCACUGCUGCAUUGGCAAAACUUACGAAAAACCUCACGAGUCUUGGAAUGAAAACUCAGACAUCAGUGGAACAAUUUUGGGAAAAUCGAGUCUUGCAACAAACUUCGUCAAUAGAGAAUUUCGGUGGAAUUCAGUGGGAAUUGCUGGGAAUAAUGUUCCUAUCGUGGUUGAUUGUCUAUUUUGCCCUUUGGAAAGGUAUAACGCAAGCUAGGAAGUUUGUCUAUUUCUGCGCUCUUUUCCCAUAUUUCUUGCUCUUCGUUCUGCUUUGUCGAGGACUGACACUUGAAGGUGCAGGAAAAGGCAUCUAUUACUACCUCAAACCUAACCUUACUCGUCUUGCUGACACGACUGUCUGGAAAGAUGCCGGAACACAGGUCUUCUACUCUUACGGUGUUGGCUUUGGAGCACUUAUCGCACUUGGAUCUCAUAACAAAUUUCAUCAUAACUGCUUUAGAGAUGCAUUCCUGAUGUGUAUCAUAAAUGGAUCUACCUCCAUACUUGCUGGAUUCGUAGUAUUUUCAAUUCUUGGAUAUAUGUCAGUGAUUGCACAAAAGGACAUUGCUGAUAUCGUUAAACCAGGUGUUGGUCUCGCUUUUCUUGCUUACCCGGAAGUGGCCAGUAAUUUACCUGCAAAGCAAAUAUGGUCUUGCCUCUUCUUUUUGAUGAUCACUAUCCUUGGUUUAGAUAGUCAGGUCUGCAUGAUGGAGGGAUUAUUCACUGCUCUAGAAGAUGCUUUUCCAUUUGUUUUGAGGAAACACAAAAAAAUUUCUCUAGGAGUGACAUGCUUCAUAUUUUUCUUGAUAGGAAUUCCGAUGGUGACAAAUGCAGGUGCAUACUGGCUGACGCUGGUUGACAAUUAUGGAGCAAGUGGAUAUGCUUUACUCUUCGUGGUCUUCUUCGAAGUUGUUGGCCUGUCAUGGGGCUUUGGGGCUGAGAAGAUACGAAUAGCACUAAAAGAAAUGGUUGGUAUAAAGCUGUCUUACAUAUGGAUAAUUGUCUGGAAGUUUGCUGCUCCUGCAACGAGCUUACUGCUCUUCUUCUUCUGUUUGAUCUACUACCAUCCUCUCAAGUAUCCAACCGGUGAAGAUUAUCCAGUAUGGGCUAAUGCGUUUGGAUGGUUCUUAUCAUCAUGUUCGAUGAUCGUAAUCCCGGGAUAUGCACUGUAUUACUUAUUAUGCACUAAUAAGCAUUUAUCCAUCAAAGAGAGAUUCCUAAAAGGGAUUCGGGCACCUGACGUGCUUCAUACUGGCAAACCAGCAGUGACCGGUGAAGAAAUGAGGUUUAUAGAUGAAAAACACUAG